AUGGCUGGCCGUGUGCUGUUGGUGUGUGCCCUCUGCGUGCUGUGCUACGCUGCCGGCGGUGUCGGUGCAUGGGAUUUAGAUGGGGGCUACUGCACGGACAAGUCGUGGAAGGUCCUGAGGAUUUUUAAUUACAGUUUAAGUGAUGGCGAGAUUUUGGAUAAAUACUGCAGUCACAACGCAACUUUUGUUGAGCGAAUUAAAAAGAGCCUUCCUUCAAGCGAGGCCGCCGAAAAGCCGAUUGUUGGAGAGAACGGUGGCUCUCCAAGUGGCGGUGGUAAAAAUGGAGAAGCGUUGGGUUCCUCUCCGUCUGGCGGCGUUUCAGUUGGAGCGGGGUCGCAGAACUCCCUGCAAGCACCCGAUGAGGGCGGCAGCAGUACGUUGCACGGCGCAGGAGGACCCACACCCUCAACGCAGACGGAGGAGAAGCGUCAAUCACUUCCGCAGGAGCAAAAGUUAUCAUCUCCAACUCCGCAGAAAGUUGAGCAGCCGCCGCCGCCAAAGGCCCCAGCCGAAGAUCCGGCAAAAGGGCGAGUGAAAGAAGAACCCGCUGCACGGAACGGAGGUGCCGACGAGCAUCCAUCAGCAGGCGGCAGGAGCGGGGAAACCAGUGUGUUAUCUUCUGCUUCUCCAGGUGGUGGUGGAGUGCCUGCGAGCGGUGUAGCUGAAGGAAAGAGCUCAGAGAAGGCUGUCGAAGACACUCAAAGCACUGCGGCAGCAGCGCCACGAAGUGCGCCACCUGACAAUGGUGCCGAUGCACCAAACGGCAGUGCGAAGGAAACGGCAACACCGCCAGCUGCCAACGCCGCUACCAAAACAACGAAGGCGACGCAUGGCGACAGUGACGGCGGCACCGCGGCCUCGUACUGCACCUCCCCCCUUGCGCUGCUUCUUUUUGCGUGUGCGGCGGCUGCUGCGAUGGUGGCGGCGUGA